AAACCCUCUUUCACGUUACUUCAUUCAAAAGCAGAAGACCCUAGGGCUCAUCGCGUUCAUACUCCAGGAUCAUCGGUGUUUCUUUUCUACACACAGCCGAUUCAGGUUUAGGUAUGGCGACCGAACCAAAGGCAGCCACCGAGGACGUCAAGAUCGAUCUCUUCGAAGACGAUGAUGAAUUUGAAGAGUUUGAGAUCAAUGAAGAGUGGGAUGACAAAGAGGAAGGGAAAGAAGUGACCCAACAGUGGGAGGAUGAUUGGGAUGAUGAUGAUGUGAGCGAUGAUUUCUCUCUUCAGCUGAGAAGGGAAUUGGAGAACAAUACUGAUAAGAAUUAAACUGCCUGCUAGUUAUCAUUUCUGAUAAAAUGUGUUAUGACUUGGUUGUUCUAGCUCUAGUUGUUUUCUUGCCUUCAAAAGAAAUGCAAACUAUGCCUUGUUAGAAGGAAGUGUAAGGCAGUAAGAACACAACAUAUGGGACCUAAAUUUUCUGUACUUUCAUGAGUAUCUGUGUAGAAGUUGUUGAGUGAUUGUACUUUAUUUGAAUUCUGCCUAAUCACAUGGCAUCUGGCUUACAACCUCAAAUUAUUCUGUCUUAUUUUCAUUUUGGGGUCGGUAGGUUUUGCUUUUCUACGAAUAAUUCUGGUGAAAAGUGCAAUUGUGUCGCACUAUCUGCU